CACAGUGAAGUUUUGAUGGGAUAUUAAGGUAGGUGAUACUAUAGAAAUGGUAUUAGCAUUUUCUACUUGUCCUAGCUUAAGCUUUGCUUUUCAUGAUGGAGGCAUGUUGGGAAGAUGCCAAAUGUACUUCUAGCAAGCUUGGGGUGUUUUUUAUGCAGAUGAUAAGCUGUACUCUUUAGUUUGCAAGGGACUCUUAAUUCAUAAUCACAAAAAUUAUUGUAUGAUUUGUGAAAAAUUGUGUGCAGCCUCCCCAAAAGCCUGAACCCCUUGAUAAACUUCACUCUAGCAGGUCAGCUUAAUUAGCGCAAAAUACGUAUGUCAAUCUGUGUCCCCACCAUAGCUAGGUAGCAUUAAUUCGUAUCUGAGUCAUCUGCUUAAAUAUCGUUCAGUACUCUUCCUAUGUGUAUUUGCUACUUGGGGCCAAGUUCAUGUUUUGAAAAUGUACCCUGUGUGCCAAAAGCCUGGCUUUUGACCUGCUGGAACCUCCAGCUAGUACCUCAUACUGGCAAGCAGUGGAAAGUAUUUUGUUCAAAAGGUCAGCCAUGUCAAUAGAGAUAAAGAUUUCAAAUCAGUAGAAUAAUGGAUUACUUGUAAUGUUUUCAGGGUUUAAGGUCUUUGUCUAACUCAGAUAACCAGUCAUUUCAGUAGAGAAAUUCACAUGGGUAAGGCAGACAAGAUACAGGAAAAUAUAAAAUAUCUUCCAGCGAGAAUCAGUUUAAAUUAUUAAAAGAAACUGUUAGCAAGGUAACAUCUCUGCUGGGAUGCGUGCAUCCACUGUAACAUCAGCUGGACCUUCCUAGAACUCAAACCAGCUGUAGCUGUUCCAUUCAUAAGGAAUUUUCUCAGCUAGUUUUUGUGAGUGAGACAAGUCAAAGGUGUUAUUUGUUGGGUGUAGCUGUAAUAUUCUGAGUCUUUUCCUGAGCUCCAGCUUAUAUACUGAGGUCAAACGAAGCCAGUGGCUAAGCAGUCUGGUAAAGGCGACACCUUUUCCUAUUUCAUUAAAUCCAUGUAUGUUUGUUUGAUCUUAUCAGCAAAAUGUGCUGACAGUUCUACUUUGGGGCCGAUCUCUGAGGCUCGAUAACUUCAUUACGCAGCCUAUUGGUUUUUGUUGGUUUUUUUUUAAUAAGAAUUCUCUUUUAAUUAAAAAUGGAGUUUGUAGGAGAAGGAACUCCAAAUCAGGAUUAAAAAUUUGCCCAGUAAGAGAGGAUACUAUAUGUGUCCGCAUAUGAAUGCAAUGUACUCUGCCGUCUGUCCCCUGCAAACUCUCUCUCUUGGGAAGAAAGCUGUGGGAGAAUGAUGCCAGUGGGAUAAACACAAGGACAGUAUAGCUCCAGGCUAGUUAAGAGCACUGGAGUUCAAGCAGUCAUUUUGGUGUAAAAGAUGCAGAACAAAACUAUUGCUCUAUCAGACCUUUUUUUAUUAUUCACAUACUCUUUCACUAGAUGUUGUCCUGGAAAACUUCUUGAAACAAUGUUUCACAUGGUAGUCUUACUUAAUUUUCCUUUUCUUACUCGCUGUGGCUCUAUUCUGUUAUGUGCAGAAGAAUAAAAGAUGCAUUUUGCUUCUUGCGCUACAGUGAUGGAGUUCAACAAGUGAAGUAGGGAUUUUUGGGGAAUGGUUUUGCAAUAAUUCUGAGCUCACAUACUCCGCUGCUUCUGGAUCUUUGACCAAGAGGUGACUCUUUGGUCAGUGAGGUGUCUGGUCAUGGAUAUCUGGCAAUAGUACUGUUACAUUAUCUCAGUUAUUAUUGUAUUAACUUAGCUUUAUUCAUGUGACUGUUCUUCAAAAAUGAAUUUCUGUAAAGUUCAGAAAUAUUUAGGGGUGGAAGGCAGUCCUGCUGAGAGGCAGGAAGAGCUCUGAUUUUUGCCAAGAUGAAAUAAAAGCCUCAGAAGGUGAUUUGUCGAUGACAUCUUUGAUAUCCACUCUCCUGCUGUAGAUGGGAUGAAGGAAUGGUUUUGGGUCUGGAGGCUGGCUAUGAGAAUUUUCUGAUUUCCUCUUCUGCUAUGAGUUUAAAAUAACAUUUGAUCAUUUUCAUUGUUUAUUUGUAAUUUAGGUUGCCCAAAGGAUAAAACCUGGUGUUUCCAGUACUGUGCCAUCAUCUCUGCUAUAAUAUUAACCACAUUUUUGGCAGAAAAUUUGUUACACCAUUAGGAGUACUUGGCUGCUUAUGAUCUUUAUCUUGGCUGUAGUCUGGAUUUUCUUCUGAUUAUGUAGAAUUCCUUGGAGAAAAAAAUCAUCUGAGGUUGGGAUGAGGGAGAAGAUGACUGAUGUUCAGCCUUCUCUACUCUUCCAAGACAUUCAUCCACACUUACUUGGAUGCAUUUUGAGUUUGUCUUGGUUUAUCAGUGGGUGUUAGCUGUGCUAAGGCAAGAUAGGCUUUGGCUUUGAACCAGGCAAGGUAUAUAGCAGAGACAAGGCAUUUACCCCAAAUGGUUUUGGAGGGGACAGUGUUUUUCCCAGGGGCUGGCUUUGCAGUUAGCAGUAAGUGUCUCAGGCUGGAGUUUUUUGUUUGCUUUCUCCUGUUUAGUCAUUUUACUAUUUAAAAAGUCCUGAUUCAAUUUGGUAUUAUUACAAGAUGACCAUAUUUUAAACCUGAGAUAGUCUGAUCUUUUCUUCCUUAGGGGCAAAUUGACACCAUCAUUUAUUCUUGUAUACCCAAGUGACUCAUCGUACUGGGCAGUCAGUGUGAGAGGUCCUAAUGCUUUGGCAAGAAAGUACCUCAUCAGCACAGUAUUACACCAUCUAAUUGUAAACAGGAGUCGAUUUCUACCUUGUAACCUUCAACAGACACUUGGAAUUCAAAUGAAUAUUCUCAUCCAUUGCUAAAGUCAAGCAGGAUGGAAAUGUCAGGUGUAAUUUGUAGGAGAGAUGGAGAUGCUUAUUUUGUACUGCACAAAACUGUGAUACUAUCCUUUGUACUUUUGUUCUCCUGUCUCUACAAUUAAGAAAAAAAAUACAUGAUGCAUUUUGUAAUUUCAGAAAAAGAACAUAUGUUGUAUACUCACCUUUUUCUUAGACUUCGUACCUCUUGGAACUAGGAAGACAGCAGAACAGUGUAGACUAAGUACAUGACUCAGUUAAUUUUACACAGUUUUUCAGCAGCAUUUUCCAAAUAGCAUUAAAUCAGGUAGGAAAGUGACCAAAUUCCAAAUUUUAAAAAUAUCAAUUGAAAGGCCAGUGACUGGAUGGGGAUACACCCUUUCCCUCCUGUCUGUAUCCCAGCACCUUUGUACUUAAAUUUUUUUUGGCCAAAUUUAGGCAAAUAGGCACCCUAAAAAUGUGAGGUCUCCUAAAGAUCAUGGGGAAAUCGUUUUCUUUCUUAACAAGUUGGAGUUUCUCAUGAUGCACAUUUUCAGAACACUGCAUGUGUUUGCGAUACUACAGCACCCUCAAGUGGUAAAAUAUUUUUCCAUUUGAAACUGCAGCUGUCUGGGAAGCACUUGCUUUUUCUAUUCAGAAAGUUUUGAGGUUCCUCCAACUUCCUCUUUGUUGUACACUCCCCUACCCCCCAGAUGUUGGCCAUUAUCAACAGCUGCUUACUACUGUGGGAUUACCAGAGAAGUAGAGCUGUGGUUAAAGGGUUGUGAUCAUGGUCUUCGUUCUGCAGCUGACCUAUUGAACUAGCUUGGGCAAGGUCAUUUCACCCUGCAAGUGUCACUUCUGUCAUCUGAGAGCUAGAGAGAAUGAUAAAUAUUUGUGGACUGCCUCGAGUUGUUUUAAACUCGUAUUUCUCUAUUUUUUUUUUUAAUAACUCUUAUCUGAAUCAAUGAUUUUGCUUAUCUGACAUAGCAGAAAGCUCAAAAAUCCCUUGUCAGUGGGCAGUCAGAGAUCCGGCAGCUGUCUUGAGUAUCACGGACUUCCACUUUUCUUUCUAUGAAGUAACAAAAUAAAGCAUACCCAUACCUGGAGGUUUUGCCAUCACUCCACAAACAGCAAAACCUUGAUUUAUAGCAGAAAUAUCAGAGUUCAAGGAAAAGGAGCCUGAGCAGGAAAGAAUGCUGGCUUGCUAUACUUAGGUUCCCAGUGAACUUUGGCUAGAAAAUACACUCCAGUAUUACCACUGCAUCACUAAUUUCUUGUUUCUUCCCUAAAAGAACGUGGAAAAUGUGUUUUCUACAGUUGUCUGAGGAAAUCAUAUUGUGCCUUGAUGAGAGAAGCAGAACAAGUCCUUGACAUGCUGACUUAAUAUGAAACGCUAUGCAGGAUUCCCAGUAUUAAAGAGCUCUGCCUCAUCCUUUGAAGGAAGCCAGCAGUAGUAAAAUGAACUGUUUCAUAACCUUAUAAGUUCAGGAAUCUCUGUUUGAUUUCUGAUCCUGUAAAAUAAUGGUCUCUGUCGACAUUGGUGACAAGUCUAGUCCUCACUUGAUUUAUAGGGCAACAAAUGCACAAACAACUUUUUUUUUAACCACACUGCCUUUUCAUUUGGAAUCUGAGAUGAAAUUUAUGAUUGAGUAGUUAGUGUAGUAUUUCAGAUGAACAUACUACUUUUCAUCUUGAAAGAUCUUAAAAUCCUUUGCAAACUAGGGUAUCCGCAACAGAGCCAGUGCCCUUCCAAGAAUGCUUUCCCCACAAAAAUCUCUCCAUUGUAUCUGUAUUGUAUUGCUAGCGUUGUAUCAGUCUCUAUCAGGCAGAUCACUUUUUCUAGAGUAGAAUCAGGAUGUACGCAGCUUCAGACAAAACACUGGUUUUGUGCACAAAUUUAGAAGACUAACUCAUAAGAAAAGAGGAACACCUGACACUCACAACACACCAUUUAAUUUUGCAAUUUACAUUUAAUUCUCCUUUUCAGCAAACAGGAGAAUAAUGUUAGUAGUAUUAACUCGUUUUGUGUGUAAAUUUGCACAUAGCAAUGCAUGGAGCAUUUUUUGGUCAAAGGGCUUAAUAAAAAGGAAUCAAAAGGAAAUCUUAACUCAAGCUAUGAGACUCUGCAUUCCGAAAUCCCCUUUUUCUUUCCGUUUAAUGCAUCAGAAUAUAUGGGAGCAUGCUUUAAUAAUGCUACGGCUCUUAAGAAAAUAGGUACUUUUUAGAAUAUAAAGGGAUGUGUCUUUAACUUUUAAGAAUUUGCAAAAAUAGAAAUUAGGAGUUUGUAUGAUGCAAGAGCUGGCAAGGGAAAGGGCAGCAGUGGGGACCUUGGUUGAAAGUUUACUAGUCCACCUUGCUUCUCUGUUAGCAGCUCUAAAGAGAAGCUUUUGGAAGAGAUGUAACAUGAUCUUUUGCAUAGCAAGUGAAAGGUUGAGGGUCACGUAGGAACCAGAAUGGCAUUUUUGGGCUUAAGAUCCACUGAGUGAUGUCAGGCUCACUUACUUAAAUUUGCUGCAGAGUAGCCCCAAACCUUUGUUUUGCAGCUCCCAAUAAAAUGUGUUCAGCUACUUACUGUUUAGUAAUUGAAGAAAUCCCUAAUAUCAUUUAUAUCAAGUUAUGGUAACAUAUAAAAGUUCCUCAGAAGGCCUGAAAACUGACGUCUCCACCAGGUGCUUGAAGAAGUCAUAUAGGCCAGUGGUUUUUGGUCAGUUACCAUGGUCACGUUAGCUCCUUAAUUUUAUUCUUUUGAAGUAACAAAGGCUUGAGGAAAAAGUCUGAAAUAAAAAAAAAAAAACAAUUCACAGGCAUCUCAUUUGUCUGCUGUAGAAGUUAUUAACCAAACCAAUGUUCAAAAAUGUCUGACCAGAAAAAUAUUGUACACAGAGCCCAUUGUAUUGAAAAACUACUGUCUGAGAACAAUUUCCAAGAUAUCGAGGAUCAUCUUAAAGAACUUGAAGAUGUUGAUAUGACUAUAGAAUAUCUUCAGGGGACAGAAGUUGCCAGGGCUGUAUACAGAGUACUCAAGAGCUGCCCUUCAGUAGAGUUGAAAAAGAAAGCAAAGCAGUUAUUAUCAAGGUGGAAAGGACUUUACAAGAAUAACUGUGUUCAAUCACUGCAAGUUAAAAAGUCAGUUUCUGUGUCUGUGAAGGAGGAAAUUGAACAUCUCAGUGUGGUUCCUAGAGAGCAGUUGCUGUCUGAAGGACCAUUUCAGCAGGAGGCAUUAGAUGCUACUAGUUCUAAAGUUUUGGUCCCAUUGCAAACUGUAAAAAAUGCGGUACAUAAUGACACAGAAGGCAGCAUGAAUCAGCUUUCAUCUUUUGAGGAGCAACACACUGAUAAUAGAGAUUCUAAACCUCUUGUUAAUGAAGCAAGUCUGCAGCAGGCUCCGAUGACAUCUUUGAGGUGUAAAUGUACAGAUCUUCUUUAUAAAGCUUUGACUGGUUCUGCCAAAGACGAAGAAGGAACUGAUAAAUGGCUAGAGCUAUCUAAAGAAAUCGAAGAACAUAUUUUUGCUCUUCAUGCUAAAAAUGACAAAAAGUAUAAAAAUUGUAUCAGAAGCAAAAUCUCUAACCUGAAGAACCCUAAAAGUUGCCACUUAAAACAUAACCUUUUUUCAGGGACGUUGAGUCCAAAGGCUUUUGCUGAGAUGACAGUGAUGGAAAUGGCCAACGAUGAACUGAAACAGCUCAGGGCUCUGUACACAGAAUCAUCUGUUCAGGAACAUCAGCUUCCACAAGUUAUUAAUGGUACACAGACAAACAAAAUAAAGUGUAGGCGCUGUGAAAAAUUUGACUGCACUGUCACUAUGAUUGCCAGGGGAACACUCUUUCUUCCAGGUUGGGUACGAAGCACAAAUCCAGAUGAACAAAUGUUGACUUAUGUUAUUUGUAACAAAUGUGGAGAACAGUGGUAUCACAGUAGAUGGAUUUGUUUGUAAUGCUCUUUAAUAAGUGGUUCAGAAACACAGACAUGAGAAGAUAUUCCUGUUGAGACUGUGUAAUUUAAAUUUUUGUAUUGAUAUUAUGUAGAUGCUACCACUAAAAAGUGCAAAAUCAGUUUUUAAAAAGUUGCUAAGUUAUUUUUGAAGAUGAAUAAAUCUAUGUCAUUUUAA